AUGGCACAUAUCCUAACAUUGAAAGCUCUAACAACCAAUGAAUAUGAAGAUAAUCCAAAAUAUAUUAGGGAAAACUUUUACCAUGGCUUGCCUGGGGAGUAUGUCAUGGAAAAUUAUUUGUUUCUUCAGUACCAAGACUCGGUCAUAAUAGCAAUGAAGGGGAAUAUACUACCACUAAAGAAAAUCUUAACCAUCUUCUCUAUCAUUGAUCUAUCGAGGAACAUGUUUUAUGGAAAAAUUCUAGAAGUACUUGAAAUGUUGAAGUUUCUUCGAGUGCUCAAAUUUUCCCAUAAUAGACUAAAUGGACAUAUUCCAUCAUUGUUGGCAAAUUUGUCAGUGCUUGAAUCCUUAGACCUUUCUUCAAAUAUGCUUACUAGAGAAAUUCCUACGCAAUUGACAAGUUUGACAUUUUUGGCUAUGUUAAAUCUUUCACAAAACUUGCUUGCGGGACCUAUACCUCAAGGAAAACAAUUUGAUACAUUUCAAAAUGCCUCAUAUGAUGGGAAUUUGGGAUUUUGUGAAUUUUCAUUGUCAAUGAAACGUAGCACUGAUGAGACACCAUCACCACCACCGCUGCCAUCAAUAUUUGAAGAAGACAAUGAUUCAAUGUUUGCAAGUGGAUUUGGUUGGAAGAGUGUGUUAAUGGGCUACGGAUGUGGAUUGGUCAUUGGAAUGGCUAUGGGAUAUAUUGUGUUUAAAAUAAGAAAACCUCACUGGCUUGUAAGGUUCGUUGAAGCCUUGAAGGAGGUGAAAUGGAAAGAUAAGACAGCCUAA